AAGUUAGGAGUUACAUUUCAUUUUUGAAGUGGGCUGGGGUAUGAAGGAUCUUUCUAGGGAAAUUCCUCUUAGAGAUCCCUAACCAUAAAGAUCCUCAUUCUCGAGCCAGCAAAAACCACGAAAUACUAACUCCUUUUCCCUUCUUGAUUGAAUAAUAAUUCCAAAGAGAUGGCAGGAGGAGCAUUUGUGAGUCAGAGUGGAGGAGGAAACUAUGAAGGACGGGUUACCGGAUUUGUCAUCUACACCUGCGUGGUUGCGGCCAUGGGCGGUCUUCUCUUUGGAUAUGACCUUGGAAUCUCAGGAGGAGUCACCUCCAUGGAAUCUUUUCUGAAAAAGUUCUUCCCACAUGUAUACAAAACUAUGAAUGACAAAUCAAAACACGAAAGUCUUGCUUUUCUUAUCGGCGCAAUCCUCAAUGGUAUUGCCAUGAACGUCGCUUUGCUCAUUAUUGGUCGUUUGUUCCUUGGUGUAGGAGUUGGGUUUGCCAAUCAGUCUGUUCCGGUUUAUCUGUGCGAAAUGGCACCAGCAAAUAUGAGAGGGGCACUGAAUAUUGGGUUUCAGAUGGCCAUCACCAUCGGAAUCUUUAUUGCAGGACUAAUCAACUACGGUACAGCACAAAUUGAGGGCGGAUGGGGAUGGAGAGUUUCGUUGGCUCUUGCAGCCGUUCCAGCUAUAAUGAUGACCUUCGGGGCUUUCAUCUUACCUGAUACCCCGAAUUCAAUUCUUGAGAGGGGUAAAGUUGAGAAGGCAAGACAAAUGUUGCAGAAGAUUCGUGGCACCCAAAAUGUUGACAAUGAGUUCCAAGACCUCCUGGAAGCGUCCGAAGCUGCAAAGAAAGUGGAGCACCCAUGGAGGAACAUCUUGCAACCAAGAUACAGGCCUCAGCUCACCCUUUGCAUUCUCAUUCCAUUCUUCCAGCAACUCACUGGCAUUAACGUCAUCAUGUUUUAUGCUCCUGUUCUAUUCAAGACCUUAGGUUUCGGAGAUGAUGCUUCCCUUAUCUCCACAGUUAUUUCUGGAGGUGUCAACGUUCUUGCCACCAUCGUUUCCAUCUAUUGCGUGGAUAAACUCGGAAGAAGAGCUUUAUUCCUCGAAGGCGGUUCUCAAAUGAUCAUUUGUCAGUUUGCGGUUGGAGCCAUGAUAGCAGUGAAGUUUGGGCUCAAUGGUGAAGGAGUCUUAUCAAAAAUCGAUGCCAAUGUGCUUCUAUUAUUAAUCUGCCUUUAUGUUGCAGCAUUUGCAUGGUCUUGGGGGCCAAUGGGAUGGUUGGUGCCCAGCGAAAUUUGCCCUCUGGAAAUCCGAUCUGCUGGACAAGCCAUCAACGUCUCCGUUAACAUGAUUUUCACCUUCUUCGUUGCUCAAGCCUUCCUUUCCAUGCUUUGCCACUUGAAGUUUGGCCUCUUCUUCUUCUUCGGGUGCUUCGUCAUUAUCAUGACUAUCUUUAUUUACUUCUUCUUGCCAGAGACCAGGAAUGUCCCAAUUGAGGAGAUGAACAAAGUAUGGAAGGAACACUGGUUCUGGAGAAAAUACAUUCCGGAUGAAGCUGUCAUUGGUGCCAGGAGAAACAAUGAAACAAGAGAUAUUUGAAUAUGAGAGUAAAACAAUUAAUUUUACUAUUAAGGUUAAAGUUCUGGGUGUUAUAAUAGGAAAGGGAAACAAGAUGUAGAGGAAAAUAUUGUACCAUUUCUCUUUGGCAAUAAUAUUCCAGAGUUUUU